GUCGGAGGAAGGAGGAGGAAGAAGUGGGCUCUAGAAAGUUUCCAUUUUGGCUGAGCAACCGCUGAAGACACCCCCCCCCCCCCGCUGGAUCGUUGUUCCGUCUUUUCUGUCACUUGCUUCCUAGUUCCAACGUCACCAAGUGAGGUGGUCUCUGUGUGGCAAACGCUCUGCUUAUAUCCGGGAGCGGCUGAGGGAAAAGGAUGGCUGCUGAGAGCCGGGAGGAACAAGAUGGUGAAUUGAAUGUUCUUGAUGAUAUCUUGACUGAUGCACCUGGUCAUGAUGAUGACUUGUAUAACCCUGAGAGUGAGCAAGAUAAAAGUGAAAAGAAGGGAUCUAAAAGGAAAAAUGAGGGGAUGGAAGUAGCUGAAACUAAAAAACAAAAACCAUCUGCACAUUCCUCAAGGCAAAUGUUACCCAAACUUCCAAGUUCUAUUGGCAACAACAAAAGAAUUGGGAGCACAAAAGGAAAGCCAGUAUUGGAAUACAAGAGUGAGGGCUAUCGAAGGUCUGACAGAAGUAAACCUUCAGAUGGGUGUAUCCCUAACAAUGGUGAUAGAAAGAUACGUAUGACAAGCAGCUCCUCCAGUGAUCCCUAUGAGGGACAGCCUGAAAAGGCAUGUAUGAGGAAAAGGGAUGUUGACAGAAGGGCUAAGUCUUCUACACCAGAUGCUUCUGUAAGACUAAAGCAUGAUGUGGAUAGAUGGCCAAACAAGUCGAGCCACUCUUCAAAAGAAGAAAUAAAUUCUGAGGACUAUGGUUCAGACCGUGAAACAGGUAGUAGUGGUUCCUCUGAUCCAGGAAAUACUGAAAAUGAAGAAGAGGAAGAGGAGGAGGAAGGAAUGGAGGAGGAAGAUGAGGAAGACAAAGAGGAAGUUGAUGGAGAGGAACAAGAGGAAGUAGAAGAUGGAGAUGAUGAGGAAGAAGAGUAUGAUCGAGAUGAAAGAGAGCAGAAGGAGGGAAAUGAUUAUGAUAUGCGAAGUGAAGCUAGUGAUUCUGAUUCUGGAUCUGCAUCCUUUACUGAUGGGUCAGUCAAAACUGGUUCAGGCUCAGAUAUAUCAGAUGAGAAAAAGAAGGCCAGGAAAAGAGCUAGAGGCAUCUCUCCAAUUGUUUUUGAUAGAAGUGGAAGCUCUACAUCAGUGUCAUAUGCAGGUUCAGAAAAGAAGCAUGAGAAAUUAUCAUCUUCCGUUUGUGCUGUCCAAAAAGACCAAACUAGCAAACUUAAAUAUAUUCUCUGAGAUGCACGAUUUUUUCUUAUAAAAAGUAACAACCAUGAAAAUGUAUCACUUGCCAAAGCUAAGGGUGUUUGGUCAACCCUUCCAGUCAACGAGAAAAAGCUCAAUGCUGCCUUCAGAUCAGCAAGAAGUGUGAUCUUGAUAUUUUCUGUAAGAGACAGUGGAAAAUUCCAAGGAUUUGCAAGGCUUGCUUCUGAAUCUCAUCAUGGAGAGUCUCCCAUACAUUGGGUGCUACCUGCAGGAAUGAAUGCAAAAAUGCUGGGAGGCGUAUUUAAGAUAGAUUGGAUAUGCAGGUGUGAAUUGCCAUUAACAAAAUCUGCUCACCUGACCAAUCCUUGGAAUGAACAUAAGCCAGUAAAGAUUGGACGUGAUGGACAGGAAAUUGAGCUUGAAUGUGGAACCCAUCUUUGUCUCUUAUUCCCUACUGAUGAAAGUAUUGACUUGUAUCAAUUCAUUCAUAAAAUGCGUCAUAAGAGAAGAAUGCACUCUCAGUCCCAGUUAAGAGGUCGUCCAUCCCAUCGAGAGCCAGUUAGAGAUGUGGGAAGGCAUCGACCAGAGGAUUAUGAUAUUCAUAACAGCAAAAAGAAAGCAAGGACUGAUUAUCCCCCUGAGUUUCACCAAACACCAGGUUAA